CAUCCAAUAACAAUAUAUACAUAUAACUAUAGAUAUAUAUAUUUCCGUGUCCUCAUCAUCUUUCUCAUCAAACCUCUGAUUUCAUCACCAUCUAUCUCAUCACCAUCUAAUUCAUGAACAUACAAAGUAAUCAUCUUUCCCAAACUCUCCUGCCAAGUAAUAAAACCUGCACCAAUCGACCUACUACUCUGUAGGUCCCAACAACACAUUCCCAGCCCGGCUAUCAACCCAACCGGUAUCCGUCCAUCCCGACUCCAACCCCUCCCUCCCACAGCUCUCCUGAGUCUCCUCUCGCUCUCGGAAUCUACGGAAUUAUCACUUUUGUCCAUUGUUUCAUUUCCGACCCAUCUCAAAGCACAGAGACAAACAAGCCAAGCGCAUCUCUUAAAAGCAAAGACAAACAGAGAGAGAAAGUUAUUUCCUUACCUAUCUUACUGUUGAUCUAUCUCCUGUUACCAAUUUCUUCAUCUCGCAUUAUCAUCAGAAAUAUCAAAUACAGUACAUACAAGAGAGAGAGAGAGAGAGAUAUAUACACACAUAAAAUAAAUUAUCCUAAGGAUCUCUCUGAGAAUAAUCGCAAUAUCUAUAUUCUCUUAUAUCCGCUGUAUCUCCUCAUUACAUAUCAAGCAUAUCAAAUCCAAGUACCGAAUCGAGUUCGAAGAAAAAGAAAAAGAAAAGAAAAGAGAACGACUGCCUGUGUGAAAACGGAUUCUUUCAUUUUUGUACCUUCUUAUCAUUCUUCGUCGAGGAGAAUCCGUGAGGAUUGCUUUUCUUUGUUGUGUAUAUUGGGAUACAUAGGUAUAUAUACUGAACUGCAUACGUAUACAUUGCAUACAUACAUACAUACAUAUAUACGUUUAUUUUUUACUACUACGACGACGACUACUACCUACCACCAAAGUAAACUUCUUCGGCGAUCGACUUUGUUUGUCGGAUUGGGAUUGGGAUUGGGAUUGAGGUUCCUUUAUUUUAUGUCCUUCCACCCGAGAUCUUUUCUGAAGUGUAUUGGGAACGAUAUCAAUAUCGACAUCGCUUUCUGAAUUGGGGUUGGAAUUGAAAUCGGAUUCACAACCGCAUUGGGAAUUCGGGAUUGGGGACAUUGAUUUGGGAUAUUCAUAUCCAUAUUCUUAUAUCUCAUUUUUGUUUUGUUUAUUUUGUUGAUCGAUUUUACAUACAUAUACCAGCAAUGACACGAUUACUAUCCAGAAGCUCACUUACCUCAUCCCGCUCCACAACGCUCCUAAUCGCCUUCUUCUCUCUAACAUCUAAUACCCUCUCGUCAAUCUUUUUUCACCAACUCCCCGACGAGCCGUUCCAUCUCGCGGUUAAUUAUGGAUUGUAUCUACAUUUUGCAAAUGUGAUGAGUGUUUUUGGUGUUAUUGGGGCUUUGAGGAAACACUCCCUUUCCAUCCUCUGUUUCUCAAACUAUCUCCUCCUCGACACCCUCCUCAGCGCCAUCCCCCGUCUGCUCCUCCUUACCCUCCUCUCCAACUCCUCCUCUAUCCUCUGCACCCCCUCCUCGACCACCUCUCUCGAUUUCUCCACCAUCACCCAAUCUCCGCCCCUAUCGCAAAACCCGCAAGAAAUAAGUCUCGCUUCCUACACCAUCUCGACCAGUAUCCCCGCAUCAUCGCACAUCGCAUCUUUCGCGGAUUUUGUAGGCAGGACGGGAGGAGAUGAUGGAUGGACUGAAAGUGGUUGUAGGAGGAUUAUUACGUUGGGUUAUAUCAUGUUGAUUGCGGGGGUUAUGGCAGCGAUGGGUCUGCAGGUUUUGGGCGCGCUAUGCGUGAGGGAUUAUGCGAGGGGGUUGUUUGUGAAUGAGGAGAUGGGGAAUGAUGGGGAAUGGGAAAGGGAGGUGGGGGAUAGGGAGAGAGAAAGAGAAAGGGUGGAUGUAGAGACAGGGGAGAAAGUAAAAGUGGUGGAGAGGGAAGGGUUCAGAUCGCUUUUGGUGUUGGAAAGUGAGAGGGGUGAAGAGUUUAGGAGGAUGACCCCGAUUUUGGAAGAGAGGGAAUAUUUUUAAAUGAUGGGAGUGAUGGAAGUGAUGAGGAAGUGGCAGCAGAAGAAGACUAAAUGAAAUGAGAUGAGAUGAGAAUCUCUAUUCACACACAUACACGAAGAGUACAUCUCCCACAGAUAUGAAACAAGCAAGCAAGCCAUCAAACGAGACAAAAGGACAUGAACAGAAAAGAAAUGACGAAAUUGUGUUAUACGAGAGGUGGUGGUGGAAUAAGUCGCAGAUGGAUGAUGAACGAGAUACGAAGGAAGCGAACUUUUGAAGUUUGGAUUGGGCUUGUGUACAGCGAUAUUAUGGAGGAGCAUAAGCAUGAAUGAACGAUGCAUAAAGUAUGAAUAAAUAUGGGGAUAGGGGUGGGGACAAGGCGCUCGUUAGAUACCAUUACUACUUAUUAUUAUUACCGAUACCAUUGGGGAUAAUGACGGAGAUGAAGGAGGAGAUGAAGGGAGAAGAUGAAGGGAGAAGAUGAAGGAGAAGAUGAAAGAGAAGAAGUGUAAUAAUGAAAUUAUUGCAAUUAUGCUACUCGUAGAUGGAAUUAUACUAAGAUUACG